UGGGAGCCAAUUUCAGUGUCCUGGGAUGUGUCCAAACCAUGUGAUAAGGGUUUUGUAACAAGCAAUAAAGAAUUUAUUCUUAUUUUAAUGCCUGAACGAUGUGUUUGUUCCAGCGUGUCCCGCUCCCGUGGGGUGCAAAGGGGAGAAAUGCUGGUCCUGAGGAUGAUUUAAUGUGGGAUUUCCUCGGGAAUCUUGGCUCUGGGCGUGGGGACAGCGAGGGGACUCCAGGGCCUGGCUCAAAAUGGCUCUUUCCUGUUGCAGUUGCCAGCGGCAGCCACGGGCGAGUGACAAGGACGUGGCUCAGAUCGGCCCCAAGAGGAUCAGGUACCUGGGAAAGGGGAGGGAAGGGGCCAGGGAAUCUUCCAGGCAUUCCCAGGGAGAAGAGGAGGAAGAGCAGGAGCUCAGUUCUUCCCUGGGGCAGGGCUGGAGGCUCUGAAAGGGUUUCUUUGUCCCAUUUUAGAUUUUAUGGGUGGGAAAAAGUGAAGGAGGAAGGAGCUGGGGGCUGCUCCGUAUUCCAGAGCUUUUCCAACCCUCCUCCUUGUCCUGACAAUGACUUUUGCCAUGUUUUCUCUGCCAGAAAGGCAGCAAAGCGUGAGAUCCUCCUGUGUGACUUCGAAGGCUGUGGCAAAAUCUUCUCCAACCGCCAGUACCUGAACCACCACCAGAAGUACCAGCACGUGCACCAGAAAACCUUCACCUGCUCUGAGCCCACCUGCGGGAAAUCCUUCAACUUCAAGAAGCACCUGAAGGAACACGAGAAGCUGCACAGUGACAAGCGGGAUUACAUCUGCGAGUUCUGCGCGCGCUCCUUCCGCACCAGCAGCAAUUUGAUCAUCCACCGGCGGAUCCACACUGGGGAGAAGCCGCUCCAGUGUGAGAUCUGCGGCUUCACCUGCCGCCAGAAAGCCUCCCUCAACUGGCACAUGAGGAAACACGACGCCGACUCCUUCUACCAAUUCCCGUGCGACGUCUGCGGGAAGAGGUUCGAGAAGAGGGACAACGUCACCGCCCACAAGAGCAAGAGCCACCCCCGGGGGCUCGGGGGAGCCCCCCAGCCGCACCCCAAGCCCCCCGCGCCGAUGGAGCCGCUGGAGCUGCUCGGGGACGUCCUGGGCAGUGGGGGGGACACAGAGGGGACCCCACUGGAAUAUGGGGGGGGGCACGUGGGGCAGGACCCCGGCACGCCCCAAGGCCAGGGGAUGGGCGAGGGGGGGUCCUAGCAGGCUCGUCCCUCAGUCUGGGGACUGGAGCAGAAUCGGGGACAAUUCUGGACCCUGCAGCACCUCCAGGUGCCCAAAAACACACGGGAGAGGCAAAACUGGGGAAAAUCCCCGUAUUUCUACCAAUCCCAGGGAAAAUCCCAGUUUUUCGGCCAAAUCCCAGAUGAAACCCCAAGUUUUCAGCCAAACCCCUGGUGCAAAUCCCGGUUUUUCUGCCAAAUCCCAGGCUUCCCCCAAGCCCAGCAGUAUUGCCACAGGUGGAUCCUCAAUAAAGACUUAUUUUGGAUAAAAGUGGGAUUUGGUGCCAAAUUUUUAUGGAGAAAUGACAGAAAAGUGAGAUUUGGAUGGUUUGGGCACAUGAAAAGGGGUUGGAGACACCUAGGAACUGGGGAGCCAGACUGGGAUGAGAGGGAGCUCCCAGUGGGACUGUGCCCCAAAACCGGGAGCUCCCAGUACUUCAAACUUUUCCUUUAACCUUUAUUUAAUUUUCAUUCAAAACUCAGAUUUAAACCGAAUUUGAACAGAAUUUGAACUCACAGAUACUUGGAAGCUCCAAGCUGGGACCAUUUAGUGAACUGCAAGUGCCCCCAAAACCUCUCGGUGCUCUACCCCAGGCAUGUCUCUGUCUCCAUUCCCUCCGGAGCAGGAGCAGCUUUUCCUCCUCCCCCAGCACCAAAAACCCCCAAAUUAUUGGGUUUUAGGGUUGUUUUUUUUUUGCACAGCAACUUUUAUUUCCCCAUUAAACAGUGACAGGGCAAAGGACACGAACAGCAGCGGGGGGGAGGGCACAAGGGGAGCGGGCAAGCGCGAGAUCACACCUAGAACACAGACCCCUCCAGCCCCCCCAAAACCCCCCAGCCUGGGUCUGGGGUGACCCCAGAUAUCCACAUCCCCUUGCUGGGAUCCUGGAGGCAAAGAGGGAAAUGGUGGGGGCAAAGAGGGAGGGACUGAUGCCUGGAAAUGGGGGCUAAUGGGGGAGAUGGGGAGGACAAUGGGGGCAGUGGGGAGAGAAAUGGGGGGGCAAUAGAGGAGAUGGGGGGGUCAGUCAGUGACAGCAGGAUGGGCUCGGCCCUUUCCCCAGGGGGGAUGGGAUAGGGUAAUGGGAUGGGAAAACGGAAUAAUGGGAUGGGAUGAGAUGGGAUGGGACAAUGA